GUUGCUUCAUGUGAUGGGAAUUUGGGUGGAGAUUCAUGCUCUUUAAAGAAAGUGGCUCAAUAAAGAAGCACAUCUGCUAGCCUGGAAGCAGUACAAUCCUUUUCCAGAAGUCACCUCCUGCAGAUUCUAAGCCAUGGCUGAAGAUGAGAUUGCAGCUCUGGUGGUUGACAAUGGGUCUGGGAUGUGUAAAGCUGGCUUUGCAGGCGAUGAUGCUCCCAGGGCUGUGUUUCCCUCCAUUGUGGGACGUCCCCGUCACCAGGGUGUGAUGGUGGGAAUGGGUCAGAAAGACAGCUAUGUUGGAGAUGAAGCCCAGAGCAAGAGGGGCAUUCUGACCCUGAAGUACCCCAUUGAACACGGCAUUGUCACCAACUGGGAUGACAUGGAGAAGAUCUGGCACCACACCUUCUACAAUGAACUGCGAGUGGCCCCAGAGGAGCAUCCUGUUCUCCUCACAGAGGCACCCCUCAACCCCAAAGCCAACAGGGAGAAGAUGACCCAGAUCAUGUUUGAGACCUUCAACACCCCAGCCAUGUACGUUGCCAUUCAGGCCGUGCUGUCCCUGUACGCUUCUGGCCGUACGACUGGCAUUGUGCUAGAUUCUGGUGACGGUGUGUCCCACACCGUGCCGAUCUAUGAAGGGUAUGCCUUGCCUCAUGCCAUCCUGAGGCUGGACUUGGCUGGUCGGGAUCUCACUGAUUACAUGAUGAAGAUCCUGACUGAACGCGGCUAUUCCUUCACAACCACAGCCGAGAGGGAGAUUGUGCGUGACAUCAAGGAGAAACUUGCUUAUGUGGCCCUGGACUUUGACUCUGAGAUGCAGACAGCCAGCUCCUCUUCAGCCUUGGAGAAAAGUUACGAGCUCCCUGAUGGCCAAGUCAUCACCAUUGGCAAUGAGCGCUUCAGGUGUCCAGAAGCCUUGCUCCAGCCCUCCUUCAUUGGUAUGGAAUCCCCUGGUAUCCAUGAGACCACAUAUAACAGCAUCAUGAAAUGUGAUGUGGAUAUCAGGAAGGAUCUGUAUGCUAAUACUGUCCUGUCUGGUGGAACCACUAUGUUCCCUGGUAUUGCUGAUCGGAUGCAGAAGGAAAUCACAGCCUUGGCUCCGAGCACAAUGAAGAUUAAGAUCAUAGCUCCACCAGAGAGGAAGUAUUCAGUAUGGAUCGGAGGCUCCAUCUUAGCUUCUCUGUCCACCUUCCAGCAAAUGUGGAUCAGUAAGCAGGAGUAUGAUGAGUCUGGUCCCUCUAUUGUCCAUCGCAAGUGCUUCUAACUUGCUGUAGGGACCAGAACUGUCUUGUGACCCUGCCUCAUUCCUUAAACUUUUUUUGUCUGACAGGAAUUCUAUGGUCUAACUUUCACCUUGCCACAAACCUGCUUGUAUCCAAGGUCCUCUUUGACCAUCAUAUUUUCAGUAGCAAGUGUGAAACUUUGAAGCCUGCUUCCUGUCAAAAGACAAGACUAUGGAUUGUCAAUUGUCUUGCAUGAGUCAUUCCAAACUAUCCUCUUGAUUACAAUCAAGAUAACUAUAAAGCAGUGACUCUCUAACUGAGAAUUUGAGACUCAUUAAGGGCUUCCAAUUGUUAUACUGAUAGUAACAGAUGUAUUACAUUUGUGCUCCAUUAAGACAAACUUGAAUCUCCUGGAAGUUACAGCUAUAACAUAUCAAUAGCUCAUGAUCAGUUUGAAGUUUUUGGAUGCUGGCAAUUGGGAGUAAGUGUUAAUUCCCUCAAUGAAAUAUUACACUUGUUUAUAACUGUUCAAUUGUAGAAUAAUAAAAUGGAUUUUUGGUCA